AUGCAAUUGAGAAGAAUAAACACUUGGGAGCUCACUUCUCUUCCUGAAGGGAGAGAGAAAGUACAAGCCGAAUGGAGAUGUGGAUCGCUUCAAGACAAGUUUAGUAGCCAAAGGCUACAAGCAAAAACCAGAACCUUAGAAGAAGAGGUUUAUCUUGAACAACCAUGGGGUUAUGUGAAAGAAGGGCAAGCUGACAUGGUGUAUAAGCUAAAAAAGGCUUUGUAUGGCCUUAAACAGGCUCCAAGAGCAUGGUACACCAGAAUUGAUUCCUACUUCAUAAAGCAUAAGUUUCAAAGGUGCCCAUAUGAACAUACUUUGUAUGUCAAAAAUAAUCAGCAAGGGGAUGUCGUUAUUGUUUGUGUGUAUGUGGAUGACUUGAUAAUUGCAAGCAAUAAUAUGAGAUUAGUUGCAGAAUUCAGGGAGGCUUUAGCAUCUCAAUUUGAGAUGACUGAUAUGGGGUUGAUGUCUUACUUUCUUAGCAUUGAGGAUAUGCAAACAGAACAAGGGACUUUUAUGUCACAAAGGAAAUAUGUUGUGACAUCCUCAAACUAUAUUUAUGGAAGCUCCACAACAAUCACACAUGCAAGCAGCAAAAUGAAUCCUGAGAAGCAGCAAGUUGUUGCCCUUUCAUCUACUGAAGCAGAAUAUAAUGCAGCCAUUAGUUGUGCAACUCAAGUAGUAUGGCUACAUCAAUUGAUGGAAGUUCUUCACCAUGAACAGAAAAUUCCCACUACAAUUUUCUGUGAUAAUAAGUCAGCAAUAGCUUUGUCAAAGAACCCAGUUUAUCAUGGGAGGACUAAGCAUAUUAAUGUGAAGUUUCACUAUAUUCAUAACUUGGUGAAUGAUAAGGUGAUUGAAGUUCAGUAUUGUCCAACUGGAGAUCGAAUUGCAUACAUAUUUACGAAGGCUCUAAAGGCGAAUACGUUUACGAAGCUGAAACAAAUGAUUGGGAUCAGGGGCGGUCCUACCCUAAGGGCAGGGUAG